GUUCGACAUCAUGCUGACUCUUACUAUCUCUCGAGUUUGUGCUCAGGAUCUUUCCAAAAAAAAAUAUCACAAUAGCCAAAUAAAUCACCAUGCCUAGAGUUGCUCCUGGUCAAAGGAAACGGGCCUAUAGACCGAAGACAAAGUCGGGCUGUUCGACUUUUCGAAGAGUGAAAUGUGACGAAGGACGACCAUCAUGUCAAAGAUGUAUAUCCACCGGCCGAAAGUGUGACGGCUAUGAGAAGAAGUCUAGUGACUCUCCUGCAAGCUCCGAUUCCAGUUCCCACGAUAAUGAAACGAGCACUGUACUCACACAAUCACCCUCGUCUUCCGUAAUCCUUACAUCUGAUCGAGAGCGGCAUGCUUUCCACUUCUUUAUUAAUAUGACAGCUCCGAUGAUGGGCGGUUUUGGUAAGGAAAGCUGCUGGUCAGAAAUGAUUCCCCGAGCUGCACAUCACGAGCCUUCCAUUCGCCAUGCAGUCGUUGCACUGGGUGCUCUGCAUCACAGCAGAGAAAGAAGUUCUCGUUCUACUUCACCGAAUAAUCUGUUGUCUUCUGCUGAAGAACAGUUCCCCCUUUUAGAAUACAAUCGAGCCAUCAAAUGCUUGGUGGAACCGUUUUCAAAGAAGGAACGACAGGCUAUGGAUGUGUGUCUAAUUAAUUGCGUUUUAUUUUCUGCUUUUGAGAUGAUGCAAGGUAAUUAUGGCAAUGGAGCUGCACAUCAGCAAAGUGGAAGCAAAAUACUUUGCGAGAUCACCUACGAUGAAAAUUCUCAGAAACACUAUCAUGAUUCGCUCAAGACUCCCAACAACCCAUACCUACCGAUGGUACUUCUUGAAGAAUUAUAUCUGCGCUCGGAUUUUGUUCUCACCCAAAUGAUCAACAGUUUCGACCAAUCCCUCUACAACAAGUUCAAAGGCUCUCACUUCACAACACAUCCUCCAGCAAUAUUUACUUCUCUUCCACAGGCUCGCAACACCCUCCAUUUCUUCUGGUCCCGUUUCCGAACCGAUCUCAAUAAUCUCAACAGCCAACCCGACUCUCCGGAACUCGCCCAGCGUUUCCAUAAUUGGCAAAUGGAAACCAUUCAAAUCACCCACAAAUGGCUGUUCGCCUUCCAAGCCUUCAUUCUCAAAUACAGUGAUACCUUUUCCGAGGUCGAUAAAAUAGGCGUUGCAAUUUUACAACUGCAGAGCCAUUCCGGAUAUGUGAAUGCCCAUGUAUCGCGCGGCAUCAAAGAUAACCAAAUGUUAUGGGACCCGUUUCUAUCCAUUUUUGAGAAAAUGACCAUGUUGGGAGAAGAGGUCAUUUCCAAUCCUGCGUUUACCACAACCGUUUUUCAGAUAGAUAUGGGUGUCAUAGGCCCUCUCUAUCAAGUUGUAGGCGCAUGUCGCCACCCGAUCGUAAGGAGGAAAGCAAUUGCCUUAUUGGAGCGCGUACCCAGUCUUCAAGAAGGAAUUUGGAAUGCUGAUUUGACGGCAAGAGUUGCUAGGAAGGUAGUGGAACUCGAAGAGCAUGGAAUAAAAAAUGUGAGGGAAGCGGCUGAUAUUCCAGAUUGGGCGAGAAUUAGUGAUGUGGAACCUGAAUUCGAAAGGGAGGCAAGACGAGCGACACUGACGUACAAAAGAAAUUAUAGAGCAGAGGGGCUUUUAGUUAGGAAUACGUUCACAGAAACUUUUGAAUGGUAGAGAGAUAUAAACAGAAGAAUGGUCAUUGGCGAGUUGAUUUGAAACUGCAAACCAAAAAUAUAACUUUGCCCCA